CGACUGAACACACUGAACAAGUGCGCCUCAAUGAAACUCGAUGUGAACUUCCAAAGAAAAAAGAGUGAAGAUUCAGAUGAAGAAGACCUCUGUGCUAUCAGUAAUAAAUGGACUUUCCAAAGAACCAGCAGACGAUGGUCUCGGGUGGACGACAUUGAUGCUUUGCUUCAUCGAUCAGACAGACAUGGAUCUUCUGGGGACAUUAAAAUGAAAAAUACAACAAGCAGCGAGAGUGUCCUUACAGAUCUGAGUGAACCUGAGGUCUCAUCUAUUCACAGCGAGAGCAGUGGGGGAAGUGACAACAGGAGUCAAUCCGGCAUCAGCAGCGCUGCCAGGGAGACCUGCGACUGCUCUGGCCAGCAUGAUGUAGAAAGCACGCUGCUGCAAGACUCCACUGCCAUAAACACCGCCCUGUUCCCCAAGGACAACCUGAAGAAUGAGAAACCAACACGAACCAAAGCAAAAACCUUUCUAAAACGCAUGGAGACACUAAAAGCAAAAGGUGUGCAUGGAAAACUAAAAGGCUCGGGAAGAACGGGUCUUUUAGAGAUAAGUGGACCUGUUCUCCAGUAUGAGCCGAAAUCCUUGAAAGACAUGCACUGUGUACAAAUAGUCAAUGGCGAUCUCCAAAACUUAGGCCAAGAUUCAGUCAAAAGGGGACUUUCCUUUUCUGCCAAAUCCAGCAGUGACAGCAGUCAGUCCGAAAACAGCAGCAGUGGGGUGAGCACACCGUGUUUGAAGGAACGCAAAUGCCAUGAAGCAAACAAGAGAGGCGGGAUGUACCUGGAGGACCUGGAUGUUCUGGCAGGAACGGCCUUACGGCAAGUGGCGGACCAAAAUCGCAAAAAUGAAUUUCAUUCCCAAGAGAACUUGGUUGUGCAUAUUCCCAAGGAUCAUAAACCGGGGACCUUCCCAAAGGCACUUUCUAUCGAAAGCCUCUCACCUACAGACCACAGUAACAGUGUAAACUGGAGGACAGGCAGCAUCUCGUUGGGAAAGCAGAACUGCUCUACUCCAAAAGAGUCCGGAUUGAUGGCUUGCUGUCCUAAAGAGAGCAGAAUUAGUAUUUAUGACAAUGUGCCAGGUUCCCACUUGUACGCUAGUACUGGGGACCUCCUGGACUUAGAGAAAGAUGUCCUUUUUCCUCAUUUAGAUGACAUUUUGCAACAUGUCAAUGGACUCCAGGAGGUGGUAGAUGGCUGGUCAAAGAAUGUGUUGCCAGGUCUGCCAGUUGAUGAUGUGUCGGCCAGGGAAUCUCCAUCCUUGCCUUUCCAGUCACCCACACAGAUCACACUUGAUUUUGAAGGAAACUCUGUUUCUGAUGGCCGGACCACACCGAGUGACAUGGAUAGAGAUGGAACGUCCCUGAACGAAUCUGAAGCCACUGGUGUUAGGGACAGGAGAGACUCUGGGGUGGGAGCAUCGCUCACAAGGCCAAGCAGGCGAUUACGAUGGCAUAGUUUCCAAAUCUCCCAUCGCCUGAGCCACUCCAUUGCAUCACUUCACAUCAGCAAUCAGUCAGCAGCCCAACUGAAUCUACUGCAAAAAUUCUCUCUGCUUCGUCUUACUGCCAUCAUGGAGAAGUACUCCAUGUCAAACAAACAUGGCUGGACCUGGUCUGUGCCAAAGUUCAUGAAGAGGAUGAAAGUCCCUGACUACAAGGACAAGAACGUCUUUGGUGUGCCUCUGAUAGUUAACGUCCAGAGAACAGGACAGCCUCUUCCCCAGAGCAUACAGCAAGCGCUACGCUACUUACGGAGCAACUGUCUAGAUCAGGUAUAA